AUGAUGGCUUCUACUUCUACUACAUCAUUUUCUUCUUCUAGACCCACUCUUCAGUCUCUAUCGUUUUCCUCUUCCUCGACACUCGGCAACAAGAACAAACUAAACCCUUCCUCUGUUUCUUUCUCCGUCAACAAAAGAUCUUCCGUCUCUUCUUCUCUCCAAUCUCCGACUACAUACCAACCACCGUCUUGGAAGAAACUAUGCAACGACGUCGCUUCCUUAAUCCCCAAAACAGCUAACCGAACUCCGAUCUCGAAACCAAAACUAAACCCGGUACAGAGAACCGCUGCUACGAUCUUAGACGCGGUGGAAAACGCCAUGAUCUCACACGAGCGCCGCCGUCAUCCGCUUCCUAAAACAGCCGACCCCGCCGUUCAAAUAGCCGGAAACUUCUUCCCGGUACCGGAGCAACCAGUCCGGCAUAACCUUCCGGUGAGUGGAACAGUACCGGAGUGCAUUCAAGGAGUGUACGUCAGAAACGGAGCGAAUCCGCUUCACAAACCAGUCUCCGGUCACCAUUUCUUCGACGGAGACGGUAUGGUUCACGCCGUCCGGUUCGAUAACGGUUCGGUUAGCUACUCGUGCCGGUUCACCGAAACAAACCGGUUGGUUCAAGAGCGAGAAUUCGGCCGCUCUGUUUUCCCCAAAGCAAUCGGAGAGCUUCACGGACAUUUAGGCAUAGCCAAGCUAAUGCUCUUCAAUGCCCGUGGGCUAUUCGGGUUAGUCGACCCGACCCGAGGACUCGGUGUCGCUAAUGCCGGUUUAAUCUAUUUCAACGGUCACCUCUUAGCCAUGUCUGAAGACGAUUUACCGUACCAUGUUAAAGUCACUCCAACCGGAGAUUUACAAACUUCGGGCCGGUACGAUUUCGACGGUCAGCUAAAAACCACAAUGAUCGCCCACCCGAAAAUCGACCCGGAAACCCGAGAACUAUUCGCUCUCAGCUACGACGUCGUUUCGAAGCCUUACCUUAAAUACUUCAGAUUCACAUCCGACGGCGAGAAAUCUCCGGACGUCGAGAUUCCUCUCGAUCAACCGACGAUGAUCCACGAUUUCGCGAUCACCGAGAACUUUGUCGUGGUUCCGGACCAGCAAGUGGUUUUCAGAUUACCGGAGAUGAUCCGAGGUGGCUCUCCGGUGGUUUACGACAAGAGCAAGAAAUCGAGAUUCGGUGUUUUGAACAAAUACGCGGAAGAUGCUUCGUCGAUUCAGUGGAUCGAAGUGCCUGAUUGCUUCUGUUUCCAUCUCUGGAACGCUUGGGAAGAGCCGGAGACAGACGAGGUUGUCGUGAUCGGGUCAUGCAUGACGCCACCUGACUCAAUUUUCAACGAACACGACGAAACACUCGAGAGUGUUUUGUCGGAGAUAAGGCUAAACCUGAAAACAGGGGAAUCAACGCGUAGACCGGUUAUCUCAACCGAACAAGUCAAUCUCGAAGCCGGUAUGGUAAACCGAAAUUUAUUAGGUAGAAAAACCCGGUUUGCUUACUUGGCUUUAGCCGAACCGUGGCCUAAAGUGUCCGGUUUUGCGAAAGUUGAUUUAUCGAGCGGUGAAAUUCAAAAGUAUGUGUAUGGAGACGGGAAAUUCGGAGGAGAGCCUCUGUUUAUGCCGGAGGUUAACUCUGGUGACGGAGGAGAAGACUGCGGUUACGUUAUGGUGUUCGUUCACGACGAGGAGAAUGUGAAAUCGGAACUUCAGAUUAUAAAUGCAGUUAGUAUGAAGCUUGAAGCUACGGUUACGCUUCCGUCGAGAGUGCCUUAUGGUUUCCACGGGACAUUCAUCAGUAAAGAAGAUUUACUGAAGCAGGCUUUACAUUAA